CGGGGUUUAAGUGAAAUUGCCCAAUCCCAUCUCUUCCUCUUGGAGGGUGGUUCAGGUCCGGCUAACUUCCAUCCCAGAGACGAGAAAGUAGAAAGAUGAAGCUCUCUCUGAAACUUCAUGAUGAUUGCAACCAACAGACGGAAAAACCCCCACUUCUAAAGGCUAAAAUACCCAUUUCCAUUUUCAACCAACCCUUCACUUCUUCUCUCACCACCGCUACAACCGCCACUCCUAAACACCUUACUUUUUCUCUCUCCACCAACUUCUCUUCUGGCCCUUCUUUCAGACUCACCUACACACCUCUCUCUUCGAAUACAACGGCACCCUUAGCUGCCCCUUUCUCUGCCUCUCUGAAAUCAGGCCUUGGCUUGCUUGGUUCGCCUCAGGAUUCUCCUCUUAUCUUCUCGGCCCACUUCUCUCUUUCCUCCACCAAUCCCUCGACUAUUUCCCCUACCUUUUGGCUCCAUUUCAAGCCCCAAUUUGGCCACUUUUCGUUGCAUAAAACUACUGCCUCUGCAAACCCUAGCCCUAGAAAUUCAGGGUCCCGCUUUGUUUCCGCGGCCGACGUGCAAUCCGGAUCUCCUUCGAAUUCUGAUUUUGCAAGUGGGUCGGCUGUGAAUGAGGCGUUCGGUUGGCAAAAUGUCAAAUUGGAGCCGUAUAGUGGUAGUGAAUAUGGGUUUGGGAAUACGAAGCCUAGUAUUUUUAAUGGGGUUCAUUCAGCUGAUGGAAUUGGGUUUGUUAAAGAGAGGGUAUUGGAGCUGAAAAAUGGUGCAAGAAGUGGACUGUUGAGUGGAAUUUCUGUGAAGGCAAAAAGUGUUUUGCCUCUGACGAAAGGGGUAAAGAUUAAUUUGAGGUGGGGAGUGAAUUUGCCGGCGAAUUCGGAGGUCAGAAUGCCAUAUUUAACUGUAAAUAAGAUUGGGAUUGAGAGAGUUGAGAAGGUAGAAGAAGUGAAGAAGAGGAAUACUGAGAGUGUGGGUGAUUCGGAGUUGUUGAAGGGAAUGUGUUUUUGGAUGAGCAGAGAUUUGGAAUUAUUGGAGAAGGAGAACAGGGAAAUGAAACAAUGUCUGGAGGAUAUGAGAAUGGCAGUUUCCGCUAGGCCUUAUCGUGGAGCAAGUGAUAGAAUUGGGAAGGUCUUUCCAUCUUCAAGUGAGAGUUUUCCUGAGGCAAGGAGUUUUAAUGGAGUCAGUGAUAGUACUGGGAAGAAGGUGUUUCCAUCUUCAAGUGAAAGUUUUGGUGAGCUUGAGAGGCGGGGGAGCAAGAAGAAUAGUGAAGGGAAUGGCAAAACAGAGGUGAAGUCUGUGAGUCAGGCUAGUGAUUUGGAGUCUGAGUUGCAGAAAGCUAUUAUGGCUGCUGCUUCGUCUUAGCAAGGAGGCAGCCCUAAGUUUGUAGCAGUUGGGAUUUUGGAAGACAUCUAACACAUUUAAAGCAAGAUAAACAGAAACCUUGGAUUCUAAAAGUCUUCACACCUUGGCGAUAACUAACAACUUAGAUUAUAGCUGGUAAUGUUGAUGCAAUCAGGAACUCAUCCCUUUCCUUUAAGAAUGAAUAACUAUGGACAAUCGAAGUUCACACUUUGUUUCUAAGUUUUCGUUGAGAGUUCAUGAAGAGAAUACCCAUCUUCACUUGUUAUUAUUCCCCUAAUCUGCUUAGUUCUCCGUAAUGUUAUUUAACAAUUUCAUUAAGAACUUGAGUAUAUAAAAUCAUCUGAAACUUUGGUAUUGUCGCA